GGCUGUGCGCAGGACCGUAGUAGUAACUGGAGUGUCGCGCAGUGAGGGUGCCCGGUGCUUUCCCGCGGACUCGGUGACUGGAGCGGAUUGGACUGGCUCUCACAGUGGUUGGCCUCGCUCGCUCUGGUGAAAGACGGUCCAUGCAGGGAGUGUGGCCCUAAAGAGACAUGUGUUGGGCCUAGGGAAAGUGAGUCCUGGCUGGCUGGUUGGUUGAUGGCAUUGCACAAGGAUUCUGUUCGAGUCUAGUCGGCUUCUGAUAGUCAUACGGUUACGGAAAAGAGGAAGAGAAAGAAGAGCAAGAAGAAUGCGCGCCAACAUGUCUGCCGCGUCCUCAGACCACUCCGAUCCUACCACGAUCUCGGGGAAGGUGAAGAGAGCGCCUUCCUCCGCCAGCAGCAGCGGGGGUAGCAGCUGCAGCAACAAUAACAACAACAACACCAACACCAACAGUCUGAAGGCAAAGAAGCAGCAGCAGGGGCAGGGGCAAGUUCAGCAGGGGGCGGGGGCGAGGCGGCGACGAUGGUGCUGUUCCCGCUACCACCUGAACAGCGUAUGGUCCAUCUGGUACUGCCUGGUGACCCUCGGCUUCCUCGCCUACCUCGUGAUGGGCGGUGUCAAGAGGUUCCUGGCGUAUGCUGCGCUGCCGUGGCCCAAAGACGAGCAGCCGUACGUGGAGCUGAACGCGUACGUGGGCCUGGUGGGGGCGUCCGUGGUGGUGGCGCCCUUCUUCCUCCUCACGUCGUUCCUCAAGGUCGGGAAUCUCGCCAACGACGGGUACAAGCUGGGCGCCUCCCUCUCCACCUGCAGCAGAGACCCGCCGCCCGUGCCCCUGCCCUCCCCCGGCCUCGUCAGGAACCUGUGGCUACAUGGCGUGCCCACCGCGCCCUUCCUGCACCUGGUGGCCGCCUUUUGCCUCCUGCUGCCACGCACGCUCAUGCAGGCCACCCUCAUCUCCUCCGGCUUCCUCCCGAGGGAUGAAAUUUGGAAGACAGAUCUGGACUUCCUGGUGCCACACAACGACAGACUGAUCGUGCAGAGCGUCAUGAACGUCUCCGCGUUGACCCAAGACGUCUUACCGCUCCCCGCCCCACUGCGUGCCGCGGCGGAAGACCCAACCACCGACUCGCCUCACCCGCAGGACACACAGACCAAAAGUAAACGCAAACACGUCUCCGGAAAGAGCUCGUUCGCGGCGCCUGAAGGGAAGGUCUCGUACAACACGCCCAAGUGGGAAGCAACAGGAGAACCGCCCGGGAACGUCGUCCACGAGUCUAGCGGGCGAGUCUCGUGGAGAGCGCCGCUGCCAGGGGAGAGUCCAACGGUGCCAACGCGUCUGCCGGAGGUCGGAGAGUGGAGUCCGCUGUCCCCCGAGCUGCUCAACUACACCAUCGCCCUCCUGGUGUUCGCUAUCAGGUACCCGUCCGUGUUCUGGCACACCAACAAGGCGUUCGGGUUGCUCUUCUCCCUCCAGCUGAUCGUGAACGGCGUCCACACCAUCCUCAUCAUCACCGCCUUCACCAUCCUCUACAAGCUGCACGUGUGUGGGGGCGGUCUAGAGCUCAGGGGCGGCGAGAGCUUCCUCCUGAACCUACCAGCCACGGUGGGGCUGCUGCUGUCCGCGGUGAUGCUGGUGACAGUGUCCUCCUCCGCCCUCUAUCUCUACGGCUACCAAAAGUUCACGCAGUUCGUUGCGCGCAGCCGACAACGCUACCACAUCACGUUUGAGAGAGAGCCGGGAACGGUGAGCAGCUUCAUGCCGCCGUGCGUCGCCCUGGUGGUGCUGGUGGGGCUGGGGCUGACGCACGGGCCGCUGCUGUGGGACCUGUCGCUGGUGUACCGCGGCUCGCUGGACGCCGUGGUGCUGGCGGCGGUGAUCGGCACCAUCGUCCACCUGUUCCUGUGGGUGGUGCUGUGGCUCAUCCUCACCCUGAAGUCUAAAUGGACCUUCAAGCUACGUGUGACGGUGGGUAGGGCGUGCGUGUCCUCCGCCCGCUCCAUCAAGCUGGUGAACGACGUGGAGCUGGUGAACUCGGAGGGCCCGAGGGGAGGGCAGGCCAGCGCCCCCCUGCUGGUGGUGGGCGCGGGCAAGGCCUACGCCAUCACGGACUCGGCCCCGAAGAAGACCAUCAUGGGUGUUGUACAGAAGACCCACCAGGAGCGGCGUGCCCGGGGCCAGGAGGAGGAGAUCUACUGGCUGCGGCCGAGCAAGCCCACGCACUCCCCCGCCAAGCCUAUGUCCCCCCGCAACAAAGUCACUUUUGAUGAGGGGAACCUCCUCACCUCCCCAAGCCGGAAAGGACGUGGCAGGAGUCAAGAGAGGCCUCAGGAGCCCACCUAUCGCCGGGUGACCACACUGUCAGACUCGGAUGAUGAGGCCGGGGAUUAUGCCCUCCUCCGGGAGACUGGGACAAACCACAACAGUCGUGCACCUCCACAGGACCCAAGAUAUGUGGACCGCCAGCAGAUCCUGGCAUACAGGCGGGCCAUGGAGGAACGACUGACAGCACAGCAGGCGCCAGACUACGAGGAUGCUGACCACCUCAACACACGCAGCCCACAGACCACGCACCACCAUGACACACAGGGACCCAUGACACCCCGCAGCACACGCAGCAAUGACUCCGGGGUUGUGCCCGAGGAACACUCUCAACGCAGUGACUCUGUUUCUACUUCUUCCUCCAACACGCCGCCAGAGCACUCGGAGGAGUCAGGGGUGCACUCUGGGGCCACAGACUUGAUUAGACACAGGUCAAACAGUGUGGAUGACCUGACCCAGCUGCCACCUGACCCCAACCAGCUACCAACCUCCCCAAAGACUGUCUCCCUGCAGCGGCCACCCCUCACCUCCUCCCCUGGCAGUCCUUACGGGUACAGCCCCGGCCGCACCAUCUCUCCAGGACCCGGAGCUCUGGUGUACCCCGCAGCCGAAUCCACAGUGGUGAUUCGCCGCCAGAGGAGCAUUGCACAAGACAUCAAACCACCCGUGGAUCCCAUCUAUGGCAGCCGCCCACUCACUUCAUUUACUGACCAGCAGCAACAGCAACAUCAGCAACAGCAAAAACAACAGCAACAGCAGCAGCAACAGCAACAGCAGCAGCAUGGAGCCAGGAGAGAAACAAUGCAAGAUGACUUAUUGGCUGUGGCCCAAAACAGCUUCAACAGCAGCCAGUCCACUAACUCCAGCGGCUAUCACAGCAGUAGUGCCAACCCCAGCAGUGGAAGUAAUAGUUCUCGAAAUUCCCCUGUUCCACAGUACCCCGGGCCGUCCCUCUCCCCGAGUAAUUCUGUACUUGCACAAAAGCAACAGUGUGUGUAUGGUCCACUGGGUCGUCCUGGUGUGAGGGUUGGUGCCCACAGCCCCCAAAGUAUUUAUGGCCGCACCACCGGAAGUUUGUCUGGGCCCCAGCGGCUGCCACAGGCUCCACAAAUCCCCCUGCCUCCCAUCCCCCAAGGCUGUGUCUCCUCAGGUCCUGGGCACCAAAGUUCUCAUCAGGACAUCUAUGGUCGCACCACCGGGCAAAAAAUAUAUGGCCCAAUAGUUGAGUCUGGCCCCAGCAUAGGCAGACAGCCAGUGGGGCGCUCAGUGAGCCUGCGUGCUGCCUCUGGAGCAGUGCCCAAGUACAACAUGCCAGGGAGAUUUGACCAUCUGCCACAAGAGUCCUGCUACAAGACCAAUGUGUGAACCUGGAGGCUGCUGAUGCUAUGUUGAUGAUGUCCGAUGUCCUGGAUGGUGAUCUGACCCUUGGUACACAUCGGUCUUCUUGCUCCACCAUCUUGUGCUCAAAAAGUGUCCCUCAACAAUCUGCCGGCCGUCCAGCACUGGUAACUUGUGACCAGGUCAGUGACAUGACCUGCCCUGCCAUGCCUCUGGCAUACACCACAAGAUGAGUUAGAACUCUUAAGUGUACACUGUACUAGAUUCUAAGGUACUGCAAAUUUAAUAAUGUUAGUACAUAUCAUAGCUCCUAGUUUUUAAUAUGUCUAUCCAGUAUUACAAUGAUGUUCUCCUUAACCCGGCAUUAUGAAUCUGGCACUUGCAGAAUAUUUUCAUAUUUGGUGAGAAAUAUUCUGUCUGAAGUGCACUGUGGAGAUGAGACAGAAAUCCAAUGACCAAGGAGCCUUGUUUGGGUGUCAACAGUCCAAACUUGCAUCCUUGCAGACAACGUCAGUAGCUCCACCAAGGAGUGACUGGCCCCUGUGUGAAUGGCCAAAGCAAGUCUACUUAAUUUUUUUUGUUAUUGUUGUUGUUGACAUUAUCAUUUUUUAUUAUUAUUAUUAUAUUAUCACACUAUUAUCAUAGUCAUUACCAUAAUUAUAUUUUUACAUUUAUAUACUUAAGUUAUGAGAACCACAGUACAUGAUCUACCACCACCACACUACCGGAGGUGUGUGGUGGUUAGCAAGCCAGCUACAAAUCCACGAGCCAGGGUUCAAUCCUGGCCUAGGGCAUCCAUCACCCAACUCAUCCAGCUGAUCACCACCCCUUUUGGGCUAGUUGAUACAGGGAAACCUGGGGAAACUGUGGUAACCUGGAUACCACACUUGCCCCAAGCCCUGUCAUAGUGAGUUCUUACCCAUCACAGGCUCAGAGACCAAUUAGAGAAGAGAUGAGUACCAAGGCCACGCACAGCCUAGUUUAUGCCCCCAACUUUGCGUUACCUAGGACUUUCUUGGAGGGAUCCCUGGGGCUGGCACUGUAGGGUGGGUGAGAGGAUGAGCCACCCUGCCCCAGUGUGCCCCUACUGAUUGAUUGAAUAUACAUAUUUAGAAACUUCACCACACAUUUGCAACCAGUGUCUUAUGAGUUUUCUCAUUAAUGCCUAACAGUUUUGAUUUUCUUAUUUGAAAGAAAAUCAUUAUUAAAGUAAAUUGAAACACCAUCUUCAAUUUUCCUUUGGCAAAAAUCAAUUUUUGUAAAAAAAAUCUUAUACCAUUAUUUUGCACUGCCUCACACACCACUGAGUGAUGGCAGUAGUUUUUCAUAACAAUGUAAUGUCUCUCUGUGAGGCUAAGAGCUUACCCUUGGUUACUAUAAAAGGUCAGUGAUUUCAGUGCAAUCUGCUGCUUCCUUCAAGCACUGGCAGCAGCAGAUUUGAAUAAAUAUGGUUACUUUAGCUAGUUUUAGGUGACAUUAAAUUUCAAAUCGUAUUGAAUAUCAUAUUUGAAAUCUGGAAAAUAUUGUGGAUAUGACAUGUGAAUUAUGAUCUUGAAGUGAAAUAUCAAUUCUAAGCCACAAAUUAGUGCAAUUCAGAUAUGAUCUCAAGUUUGCUCAUUUUUUUGUGCCAAACCUUUCGUUGCUAAAGUUUUUGUUCGGAUGUGAACCAAGAAAUUUUGUGAGUGUACAGGCUACAAAACAAAAAUGUUCAGUACUCCUUGCUCCGACACCCUAUGCAAAAACGACUGCUACCUACACCGUGAUUACUUGGUGAGGUGAUAUUUUUUCCACACCACUGUAAAAAUCAAUGCAUUUCAUCUUCUAACAUGUUCCAACUAAACAACAACACAGGGCAGCCAUUAAAUCAGGUGUUUGUUCAGAAUCCCUCGUCUGGUGUGGCAUAAUACUUUAUAUGCCCUUUGCUGGCUGUAAGAGCACCAAAUAUUUUUAGCCUGUACAUAUUAAUUAUGAAAACUAAUCUUGGAGAACAUGGUGUAGGGCUUUGUGUAUGUGUCUUGGACUUGCAAUCACCAGCAAGUACCCUCCCGACAUGAGCAAGCUCAUGCUCAUUAUAGUCGAUCUAUGGGUACUGCCAGGACCUCACACACCACACACCCCAUCCCCCUUACUCAAGGGGGGACAGUAACCAGUCCCCCCUUGUCAGUGGAAAGAUUCCGGUCUGAGCGAGGCUCGAACCACCACCUGUCAGGCUGUGAAGCCAGGCAGCACAGCGCUCUAACCAAUUGAGCUACAGAGUGGUGUGUGUGUGUGUGUGUGUGUGUGUGUGUGUGUGUGUGUGUGUAAUGCAUCCAUACACAGCAUCACUGCCUGGUAGUCCACUCUACUAACCAAGCUUUGACAUCAACGCUUGCCACAGCCCCUUUGUCUGUCUCAAACAGUCAUGUCUUUGUAAGCAAACACAACUUUCAUGAAUUGAGGUUUCUAAUGGGAUUCAGGGCAUCCAGUAAAAGGCUGUCUGUACAAAGUUCUGCCUGCCCCUCAGUCCUCUGAGUACAAUUUGCAAACACAAAGAUAAAGUUAAAAUAGUGCUUAUUCUAUAACCAUGUAGUGUGUGUGUGUGUGUGUGUGUGUGUGUGUAACUAUUUUACCCCAGGCCACAGUCUUCCUCCUCGAGGACCAAAUCACACACUGGGGUGCUGAAAGAAUUACUGGUGAAAUUUUUUGCCAAAUUUGCAUAUCUAGUCUGCCACUUCUUGUUUCCCAAAGAUAGAUGAGAAAAGUAAACUGGAUUUCCUGUGAGUUACUAUCUUCCUUUCUCAACAUACACUACUAUUAAUUGGAUGAAAUUAUUUUUAUAUCUUAAUAGAUUUUUAAAACAUAUAUAUAUGUGUGUGUACCUGCCUUCUGUGAGAGGUUCCUGCAUUACAAGUUGGUGUUGUUGUUUUCUCUGAAGAGUCUUGGUGUGAGUUGUUCCUGAGUUAUGAUGCAGCGUGUAAAUAUUUGUACAAGUCCAAUAAAAUCUCUUUGGUCUUUGUGGAACUGAGA